AUGGCGUCUCCAGUGAUGAAGUCGGCAACAAACUGGGCCGACGAAUCGGCCGACCUUUCUCCAGAUUGGUCUCCUGCGGCUGCUCCCGAAAUCCCUGGUGAUGAGCAUUUCUCGUUGGAGGGUUCGGCAGAUGCUCAUCAAGACGGCGUUUCUGAGGAGCAUCUUCCUACCGGUAUGGGGACACCGCAGACCUUCUCUGUUUACGUUGGUGGAUUGCCCUAUAGUGCCUCGGAGGACGAGCUCGGGUUCUUCUUCCUAGACAGGAACAUCACUCCUGUUGGUGUCCGCAUCAUCAUGGACAGGGAGACGAAAAAAUCGAAGGGGUUUGGUUACCUCGAUUUCGCGACGGUGGAGGACUAUGAGGCGGCUCUCGGGAUGAACGGUUCGAAUUUUGGUGGCCGCACUAUCAAGGUUUCUGCUGAGGAGCACCGCAGAGAGCCGCGCAGACGUUCUCGUGAGCCGCGUGGCCCUCGUCGUGAUGACCGUGAGCUCCGUAGAGGUGGUCGAGAUAGAUAUCGGGAAACCCACAACCGUGAGGGUUUCGAGCGCCCUUCUGCUGCUGAGGAGGCUGAGCAUCACGAAAGGAAGAAACUGCAGUUGUUGCCCAGGAGCAAGCCCAUUGAGGAAAUCCACGAGGACGCUGCUGGCCGUCAGCGAACGAGCAUUUUCGGCGAUGCCAAGCCUAGGGACGAGGCUGAAUAUCAGCGUCGGAGAGCUGAACGCGAGAGGCGACUGGGCAUCAAGACUAGUACGACCGAUGAGGAGGAUCGUAAGCAUCGGAGUGGGGCGAGCACGAGGGCAACUCCAUCGGAAGCCUCUUCUACGUCACCUCAUAGAGGCGGCAAGGGCACUAAGGGGGGCAAGGGCAGCCGUUAUGCUUCGGGCGAGACCAAGUCUGGCAAUUGGCGAGGGAAGGGCAAGGAUGUGGGUCCAGCGAAGAAGAGCCCGGAGGUUGCUGCUCCCCGGGAAGCUGUAGUUCGCACUGUUGACACCGGCCCGAAAAAAGUAAAGGGUGCUCUUGCCAAUGCAUUUGCUGGCUUGAGCGACUCUGAGUCCGAGUCGGAAUCUGAGUAGAGUUACACGAAGGAGGAGGAGGGCUCAAUUCACUAGAACGACCUCUCAGUGAGGUUGGCAGUAUGAUUGUAUGUACCAAGGCGACCUGUACUCCAUCCCCUUCUAGUAAGCACUGCGGUAUGUGGCACCACUCUAGUUAUCCCUGGUCAUGACCGUCUAGUGACGUCUAUAGUUGAGGUAUGGUAUAUGAGGUUGCUACUCGGUCUAUCAGUUCCUGCUCGUACUCAGCAGUAGGAGUAAACGUGUUCUCUUCACGGUUUCCUUCUUAUCGAUGCAAUUUGUACUGUUGUUGUUUCGUCCGGUCCUCGAGAUGAUGAUGAGGUUGGAUACUCAUCAACAUUAUCAUUGAGUAAUGAUCAUUGUAGACUGUACGUCUAAAGUUGCUACUCUUGCCGCGUUAGUUGUAGUCAUUGUUAGCUCAGCAGCUGUCACCAUAGCCUUCUCUAUUACC